CAUUCCGUUCGACACUAGCAGUCAUUGGUCAACUAGCACGUCCAUCAUAGUUUCCCAGCCUGAACUAUUGUGUGAUUGGUUGGAGGGGCAACUACGGCGGUAGCACAAACGCUAUUGGUUGAAAAACUAGGUUAGUGGUCCGACAGGCAUGACGGUGAAGAGAAACUGGGUCACCGAUCGAAAAUCGUUUAUGUCACAGUUCUGUGGGUUGCUAUUACACAUUACCAGCGCCUUUCAAUGGAGAGACCAAUCUCAUUUCAUAUGCGGGGUAGAUGGGUUGCACCAGCUGUUUGAGGAUCAAAUUAUAUCGGGGCACAGCGACCACAUCAAACCGGAUGAAACUAGGUCAGGCUGAAUCAGAGCAGACUGAGAGCAGACCCCGCUGAUCCAGGCGAGCCCCGGCCCCUUCCAGUUUCAUAUCCAGUUGAGGGCCCAAGAGUGGAUGGAAGGAGAUGAUUUUAACACAGAGGCUGUGAUGAACAUCUGUGAUGACCUGAUGGCAGACCAAAGGAUGGACAUCUCGUCUACAAUGACUGACUUCAUGUCACCCGGCUCCACCGACAUCAUCUCCAGCUCCAUCAGCACGCCCGGCAUGGACUACACCCGCAAGAGGAAGGGCAGCACCACGGAUUACCAAAUUGAUGGCUUCUCAUUUGAUGACAUGGACCCAGACAAAGAUAAACUGGGAGGUGACCAACAGGGCCGGAUUAAGAAUGCCAGAGAGGCUCACAGUCAGAUCGAGAAGCGGCGCAGGGACAAAAUGAACAGCUUCAUCGACGAGCUGGCCUCUCUGGUGCCCACCUGCAACGCCAUGUCUCGCAAACUGGACAAGCUGACGGUGCUGCGCAUGGCCGUCCAGCACAUGAAGACCCUCAGAGGAGCAGCCAACCCGUACACAGAGGCCAACUACAAGCCCUCCUUCCUGUCAGACGAUGAGCUGAAGCACCUGAUAUUAAGGGCUGCUGAUGGUUUCCUGUUUGUGGUUGGGUGUGACCGCGGGAAGAUCCUCUUUGUUUCUGAGUCCGUCUUCAAGAUUCUCAACUACAGCCAGAAUGACCUGAUAGGUCAGAGUCUGUUUGACUACCUUCACCCGAAGGACAUCGCCAAGGUCAAAGAGCAGCUGUCCUCUUCAGACACCGCCCCCCGAGAGCGGCUCAUCGAUGCCAAAACUGGGCUCCCGGUGAAGACGGACAUCCCCCCCGGCCCCUCCAGACUCUGCUCUGGAGCCAGACGCUCGUUCUUCUGCAGGAUGAAGUGCAACAGGCCUUCUGUCAAAGUGGAGGACAAAGACUUUCCCUCCACCUGCUCCAAGAAGAAAGCCGAUCGUAAGAGCUUCUGCACCAUCCACAGCACGGGCUACCUGAAGAGCUGGCCCCCCACCAAGAUGGGUCUGGACGAGGACAACGAGCCCGACAACGAGGGCUGCAACCUGAGCUGCCUGGUGGCUAUCGGCCGGCUGCACCCCCACAUCGUCCCCCAGCCCAGCCUGGCCGACAUCCGUGUGAAGCCCACCGAGUACGUGUCCCGACACGCCAUCGACGGGAAGUUCGUCUUCGUCGACCAGAGAGCCACAGCCAUCCUGGCCUACCUCCCCCAGGAACUGCUGGGAACCUCCUUCUACGAGUACUUCCACCAGGACGACAUCGGGCACCUGGCAGAGUGUCACAGGCAGGUGCUGCAGAUGAGAGAGAAGAUCAACACCAACUGUUACAAGUUCAAGAUCAAAGACGGCUCCUUCAUCACGCUGAGGAGCCGCUGGUUCAGCUUCAUGAACCCCUGGACCAAGGAGGUGGAGUACAUCGUGUCCACCAACACCGUUGUGUCGUGUCCUAUGAUGGAGGGACCCGACUACCCUCAGUCUGCGGCCUCCCCACAGAGCAUGGACAGUGCUCUCACCUCAGAGGGUGGAGGGAGGCGGGCCCUGCAGACCGUCCCUGGCAUCCCUGGGGGGACGAGAGCAGGAGCCGGGAAAAUAGGACGCAUGAUCGCAGAGGAGGUGAUGGAGAUCCAGAGGAUCCGAGGCUCCUCCCCCUCCAGCUGUGGCUCCAGCCCUCUGAACAUCACCAGCACCCCCCCGCCGGACACCUGCUCCCCAGGGGGCAAGAAGAACGGAGAGACACCUGACCUGCCGAGCACUGGGAUCCUUCCUGGACCUGACUCAGUGGGCUACCCCUACUCCAACCAAUCCAUCAUGAGUGACAACUCCCACCUGAGUAUAGACAUCAUGGACGAGCCGGGCUCCAGCAGCCCCAGCAACGACGAGGCGGCCAUGGCGGUCAUCAUGUCCCUGCUGGAGGCCGACGCCGGGCUGGGGGGGCCCGUGGACUUCAGCGACCUGCCCUGGCCUUUGUGAGGAAGCUGGGGGAGGGGGGGAGGCAGGGACUCCGUCAGCAGAGCCGUGGAGAGAGUUCAGGCAGGGUGAAGUCUGGCUGUCCCCCCCCCCCCCCCCCC